GUGAUGCUUAAGUCAAAGCAGUAGUGUUUGACUUAGACGUGGGUGCGGUGAAGUGAUCGGCGUAGUUAUCGUUGACGCCCUAAUUACCUUCUGCUGCCGCUCGUCCUCUCCCAAACCAUAAUCCCCAGACAAUCAAACGGCUUCCAUUCUUCAUUCUGGAUAAGCACAUCUGGGAGUUCCUUUUGCACGAAAAUGCAGCUUUCUCGCUGAAGCUCAAGCUUUGUUACGCCCGAGUCGCUCUUUCGUGCUUAUUUACUCGCACAGUUGCUGUAUUGAGAAUGCAUUUUGUGCUCGGGCACCUCACUGUUGGCUGUUGCUGAUAUCAAGGUUCUGACUGUAUUGACUCUCCCUGAUGAUUUCUAAAUAUGACUAGCUGACUUCCUCACCUUAAUCAUGUCCAUUGAUUUUAACUAUUUUGGAAACCAAGUGAGAUCUAUUUUUUGGAUUUGAUGGAUCAAUCAAAAAAUCAAAUCCAGUCGCAUUAUCAUACUACUAGAGAACAUAGCAAUGCCGAAGUAAUUCCUGAAACUCAGUUUUUUAGGAGUGACAUGCCAGAACAUGAUGCUCCUGAUUUGAGCCAUCCAGAGUCUAAGCCUGUUCUCAAUUACUCGAUACAGACUGGUGAAGAGUUCUCCCUUGAAUUCAUGCUUGACAGAUUUAAUACCAGAAAACCCCAUGGCCCAAAUACUUCUGUUGAUCCAAGUCAGACACCUGGUGGUCACCUGGAGCUAAAGGGUGUUUUAGGAAUCGGUCAUACUGGAGCUGAAAGAGGUUUAGAUAUUCACAUGCUCACUACAACGAAAAGUUCCAGAGAUAUGGAAGAAAGAAACUACUCCUUGUGUGAAGUGAAAAGUAUCAAUGGCCCUAUGCGACCGGGAGAACAAACUUCCACAGAGAACAGUGACUUUCGAACGCAUAUGUAUGCCUCAUCUGCAUCUGGAGCAUCUGAUAGUUCAGUGGCACGUCUCAAGAUACUUUGCAGCUUUGGUGGGAAAAUAUUACCCCGGCCGAGUGAUGGAAAGCUCAGGUAUGUUGGAGGUGAAACACGCAUAGUACGUAUAAGGAAGGACAUAACAUGGCAUGAGUUAUGGAAGAAAGCUAUAUCGAUUUACGACCUUACUCAUGUUAUAAAGUAUCAGCUUCCAGGAGAGGAUCUUGAUGCUUUAGUUUCUGUGUCAUGUGACGAGGAUUUGCAGAAUAUGAUGGAGGAAUGUUUUGUUUUAGAUGACAGAGAAGGAGCAAAAAAGCUUAGGAUGUUUCUGUUUUCUAUGAUUGACUUGGAUGACACUCAUUUUAAUCUAACUAACUCUCAUUCAGAAUGUGAGAUUCAGUAUUUUGUUGCUGUCAAUGGCUUUGACAUGGACUCCAGGAAAAACUCAGUUUUGCAUUGCAUUGAAUCUUCAGCGAACAACUUAGAUGACCUGGAAGUGCAUAAUGCUGUGAUGGACACCGGCAGUGUUGCAACCAACUUUAUUGAUAAGAACAAUCAGUUUUUUUCUGGUUUUGAUGACUCGUCAUCAUUACCCAAGUCUUCUGAACAACACAACUCCUAUGAUGGUUACCUAUCAGAAAUGCACCUUUACCAUAGACAGAUGCCACCCUGUGAUGAUGGCACACUGCAGAAUUCGCAACAUGGCAUCAACUUGAAUUCUUACAUGCAAACUCGUGAAUGUGUCAUUCCGAGACAAAAUGACAUUUUUGCUCAGAAAGAAGAUGUAGAGGGGCAGCUGUUGGAUGGACCGAGUGUGAAUCAUCACAUACCGAUUGGUGUAAAGCCAGUGAGAUCAGAUGCUAAUGCUUCAGCUCAUCAAGGAGAGGAGUUUCAAUAUAAUCAAAUAUUAUCAAAUGAGCAGCUUGCUGCUUUACAUUUGCUUAACAAUAAUGUGAAAGGUUACUUUACCGUUGAGAACGGCGGGAAGCCCCAUUAUCCAAUACAGACAUCUUCUCCACUUGAAACUGGUAGUCCGGAACUUCCUUAUUCAAGCAGAAACGACCGUAGUUGUGCAUGUGUUCCCGAAACUGCUCCUAUUGAUUUGAGUUUCUUUGAGUCCGCCCCUCCACCUCCUCCCCAGAGGGUUUUUUGCUCUGAAAGAAUUCCCCGUGAGCAGGCAGAGUUACUGAAAAGGGUAUCAAAGUCAGAUGAUUCACACAACUCUCAGCUUCUUAUGACUCAUCCCCAUUCUGAUGUUACACAAACAGAUUUGCAUACAGAAUCUGCUGAAAAUGUACAAAGCUCAAACUCUGUACAGAAUGAGCAGAUCAUUCCAGAUGAAAACCCUCUACCCUUAGGAAAAAAUCAAAAGGUGAAGCAGGCCGUACCAAUUGGUCUAGAUUUGAAAGACCAAGCAAGUGACAGUCAAGUGGAUCUCCAUGGAACAGUAUCUAUGGAAAGUGUUAUUACAAAAAAAAUUGCUGAUGAUUCAAUGGAUGCUGGAUCAAGGGUUAAUGCCACUAGCGGACUGAAUACUGUGAAACACCAUGAAGGUUCAGAGAAUUGCCUUCCUGAUAUCCAUCAGGGAGAUAGGAUUGGCAGUGAGCUAUUGCCUAGUAAUAGUAUUCAUCAAGGUCUUUCUCAGCACUCGGAUGAGAAGGGUAGUUAUAAUGGGGUUGUUGGUUUGGAGGAACCAGAUGUUGGCAUGGCUAGAUCUGAGCAAGGAGACAUCAUAAUUGACAUCAAUGACAGGUUUCCCCGCGAUAUCCUUUCUGAUAUAUUUGCACAAGCCAUACUUUCUGGCAGUGUAAGUAAUAUCAAUUCAACACCUAAUAAUGGAGCUGGUGUGAGUGUUAACUUGGAAAACCUUGAUCCAAAGAAUUGGUCCUUCUUCCAAAAGUUAGCAGGUGAUGAGUUUUCCAAAAGUGAUGUUUCUUUGAUUGAUCAAGACCAUCUUGGGUACUCUUCUAGGCUUCAAAAACUUGAGGUCCUUGAGGAGGCUUCUUCAGCCUAUGGGGUUUUGCCAUCUGUGAAUGAAGGAGUUUCUUUAAGCCACUUGGAUCAGCAAGUUAAUGUUGGUGUGGAUGAUCAAACAGAAUUGUCAAGUACUGUUGGACCCAAUUCUCGGAUGUUGCAUUCUGGAUAUGGCCCAAACCUGGAGAAUGAGGAUGGAGUUAGAGAUACAGGACUACCUCCUUUAGGUACUUCUUUGGUAAAUGUUGACCUAAGUUCUUUGCAGAUAAUCAGAAAUGAAGAUCUUGAGGAAAUGAAGGAACUUGGUUCUGGCACAUUUGGGACUGUGUACCAUGGAAAGUGGAGGGGGAGUGAUGUAGCAAUUAAACGAAUAAAAAAGAGUUGCUUUACAGUGCGGUCAUCAGAGCAAGAGAGAUUGACUCUGGAGUUCUGGAGGGAAGCUGAUAUUCUUUCAAAGCUUCAUCACCCAAAUGUGGUGGCAUUUUAUGGUGUAGUUCAAGAUGGAAUAGGUGGAACUCUUGCUACUGUAACUGAGUACAUGGUGGAUGGUUCUCUAAGGCAUGUCUUAAUUCGCAAAGAUAGGCAUCUUGACAGGCGGAAGCGGAUCAUAAUAGCCAUGGAUGCAGCAUUCGGGAUGGAAUACCUACAUUCAAAAAACAUUGUACAUUUUGAUCUGAAAUGUGACAACUUGCUGGUUAAUUUGAAGGAUCCUUCACGGCCGAUAUGCAAGGUGGGUGAUUUUGGUUUGUCAAAGAUUAAACGGAACACAUUGGUGUCUGGGGGAGUUAGGGGGACGCUCCCGUGGAUGGCUCCUGAACUGUUGAAUGGUAGCAGCAACAAAGUUUCUGAGAAAGUUGAUGUCUUCUCCUUUGGGAUUGUGCUAUGGGAGAUUCUGACGGGGGAGGAACCUUAUGCCAACAUGCAUUACGGCGCAAUAAUAGGGGGGAUAGUGAGCAAUACGUUGAGACCGAGCAUUCCAAAUCAGUGCGAUCCAGAGUGGAGAAAGUUGAUGGAGCAGUGUUGGGCUCCAAACCCGUCUUCCAGACCUUCUUUCACAGAGAUUGCCAGCCGCUUACGCGCUUUGCUCUCCACUGCUGCCCCCCCACAGAGCAAGGCCCCCAAACCACCAUCAUAAUAACCAACCCAUUAUAACAACUACUCACUCCGCCCGCAUGUAGUACAAAGCAUGGUUGCAUUGUAGGACUGCAGGAGGAGACGGGGUUGUCUUCUCUCUAUUUUUCCUUUUCUCCAAACAAAAGAUGAGAGGAAAGACGUGUUGAUUUCUUUUUCUUAGUCAACCAAAUGAUGUGGAAAGUAAAUGACGGAGUAUAAAAAACAUUUUCACAAGAGAGAUAAAACUUGUGAAACGGCUAAAUGAAAUAGUCAGGCAAAAGUUUGGGGAUGUUGUGAAAUGAAGAAGAUGCAAAAUAGAAUUAAGAGAGAUAUAUUAUUAAUAACCUCUGAAUUACUUCUUCUUAAUCUAAAAAAAUUUGAGUUAAU